GCUGAAAAGGGGGGGAGAGGGGGGAGAGAGAAGUGAGACGGAGACCGGGAAGGCCGAGGAGAGCCCCCCAAUCCCGCGCCGAGGCGGCGGCGGCGGCGGCGGCGGCGCGACGAUGAGGAUGAUGAAUACAUUGCAAAGUUUUUUUGGCCCCGGCGAGGGGUGUCAGAUUGAGUGCUCUGUGCGCAUGUGCGAAGGUGUCCAAACUGACAAUGCUGGGGAGAUGAAGAUAGUGUGUGGCUGCUUCUGGACUCAAGGAGGAGGAGAGGGAUUCCGCGAGCCGACACCAUGCGAUCCAAGGCGAGGGCGAGGAAGCUAGCCAUAGGUGACGGUGACGUUGUAAAUAAUAUGUAUGAGCCUGACCGGGACCUGCUGGCCGGCCACAGCGCGGAAGACGAGGCCGAGGACAGCGCCAUGUCACCCAUCCCCGUGGGGCCGCCGUCCCCCUUCCCCACCAGCGAGGACUUCACCCCAAAGGAGGGCUCGCCCUACGAGGCCCCGGUCUACAUUCCUGAAGACAUUCCGAUCCCACCAGACUUCGAGCUUCGAGAGUCCUCCAUCCCGGGGGCCGGCCUGGGGGUCUGGGCCAAGAGGAAGAUGGAAGCCGGGGAGAGGCUGGGGCCCUGCGUGGUGGCGCCCCGGGCAGCCGAGGCGAAGGAGACAGACUUCAGAUGGGAGCAAAUACUGACUGACGCGGACGUGUCGCCCCAGGGAGGCUGCAUCAAAAAGCAGAGCUCCGAAGACCUGGGCAGUGAGCGGUUCUGCGUGGAGGCGGGUCCGGCGGGGGCUGGCAGCUGGCUCAAGUACAUCCGCGUGGCAUGCUCCUGCGAUGACCAGAACCUCACCAUGUGCCAGAUCAGUGAGCAGAUUUACUAUAAAGUCAUCAAGGACAUCGAGCCAGGUGAGGAGCUGCUGGUGCACGUGAAGGAAGGCGUCUACCCGAUGGGCACGGUGCCGCCCAGCCUGGACGAGGAGCCCACGUUCCGCUGUGACGAGUGUGACGAGCUCUUCCCGUCCAAGCUGGACCUGCGGCGCCACAAGAAGUACACGUGUGGCUCGGUGGGGGCCGCGCUCUACGAGGGCCUGGCUGAGGAGCUCAAGCCUGAGGGCCUAGGCGGUGGCAGCAGCCAAGCCCACGAGUGCAAGGACUGUGAGCGGAUGUUCCCCAGCAAGUACAGCCUGGAGCAGCACAUGGUCGUCCACACGGAGGAGCGAGAAUACAAAUGUGACCAGUGCCCCAAGGCCUUCAACUGGAAGUCCAACCUCAUCCGCCACCAGAUGUCCCACGACAGCGGCAAACGCUUCGAAUGUGAAAACUGCGUGAAGGUGUUCACGGACCCCAGCAACCUUCAGCGGCACAUUCGCUCCCAGCACGUGGGCGCCCGGGCCCACGCCUGCCCCGACUGCGGGAAGACCUUUGCCACGUCCUCCGGCCUGAAGCAGCACAAACACAUCCAUAGCACGGUGAAACCUUUCAUAUGUGAGGUCUGCCACAAGUCCUACACGCAGUUCUCCAACCUGUGCCGGCACAAGCGGAUGCACGCCGACUGCCGCACGCAGAUCAAGUGCAAGGACUGUGGGCAGAUGUUCAGCACUACCUCCUCCCUCAACAAGCACCGGCGCUUCUGCGAGGGCAAGAACCAUUACACGCCAGGCGGCAUCUUCGCCCCGGGCCUGCCCUUGACCCCCAGCCCCAUGAUGGACAAGGCAAAACCCUCCCCCAACCUCAACCACGCCAGCCUGGGCUUCAGCGAGUACUUCCCCUCCAGGCCGCACCCGGGGAGCCUGCCCUUCUCCACUGCGCCUCCCGCGUUCCCCACGCUCACCCCCGGCUUCCCGGGCAUCUUUCCUCCGUCCUUGUACCCUCGGCCGCCUCUGCUACCUCCCACGCCACUGCUCAAGAGCCCCCUGAACCACACCCAGGACGCCAAGCUGCCCAGCCCCCUGGGGAACCCGGCCCUGCCCCUGGUGUCCGCCGUCAGCAACAGCAGCCAGGGCACCCCGGCAGCCCCGGGCCCUGAGGAGAAGUUCGAGAGCCGCCUGGAGGACUCCCGAGUGGAGAAGCUGAAGGCCAGGAGCAGCGACGUGUCGGACGGCAGCGACUUUGAGGACGUCAACACCACCACAGGGACCGACCUGGACACCACCACGGGGACAGGCUCGGACCUGGACAGCGACGUGGACAGCGACCCCGACAAGGGGAAGGGCAGGGGCAAGUCGGCCGAGGGCAAGCCCGAGUUUGGGGGCGGCCUGGCGCCCACGGGGGCCCCCAACAGCGUGGCCGAGGUGCCCGUCUUCUACUCCCAGCACUCAUUCUUCCCGCCGCCUGACGAGCAGCUGCUGACCGCCACGGGCGCCGCCGGGGACUCCAUCAAGGCCAUCGCGUCCAUCGCCGAGAAGUACUUCGGCCCGGGCUUCAUGGGGAUGCAGGAGAAGAAGCUGGGCUCGCUGCCCUACCACUCGGCCUUCCCCUUCCAGUUCCUGCCCAACUUUCCCCACUCCCUCUACCCCUUCACGGACCGAGCCCUUGCCCACAACCUGCUCGUCAAGACGGAGCCCAAGUCUCCCCGGGACGUCCUGAAGGCGGGCGUCCCCAGCGCCGAGUGUCCCUUCGAUCUCACCACCAAGCCCAAGGACGUGAAGCCCAUCCUGCCCGUGCCCAAGGGCCCUUCGGCACCCUCGUCCAGCGAGGAGCAGCCGCUGGACCUGAGCAUCGGCAGCCGGGCCCGCGCCAGCCAGAACGGCGGCGGGCGGGAGCCACGGAAGAACCACGUCUACGGGGAGCGCAAGCUGGGCGCCGGUGAGGGGCUGCCCCAGGUGUGCCCGGCGCGGAUGCCCCAGCAGCCCCCGCUCCACUAUGCCAAGCCCUCGCCCUUCUUCAUGGACCCCAUCUACAGCAGGGUAGAAAAGCGGAAGGUCACAGACCCCGUGGGAGCCCUGAAGGAGAAGUACCUGCGGCCAUCCCCGCUGCUCUUCCAUCCCCAGAUGUCAGCCAUAGAGACCAUGACAGAGAAGCUGGAGAGCUUUGCAGCCAUGAAGGCCGACUCCGGCAGCUCCCUGCAGCCCCUCCCCCACCACCCCUUCAACUUCCGGUCCCCACCCCCAACGCUCUCCGACCCCAUCCUCAGGAAGGGCAAGGAGCGAUACACGUGCAGGUACUGUGGGAAGAUCUUCCCCAGAUCAGCCAAUCUCACCAGACACCUGAGGACGCACACCGGGGAGCAGCCGUACAGGUGUAAGUACUGCGACCGCUCCUUCAGCAUCUCCUCCAACCUCCAGCGGCACGUCCGCAACAUCCACAACAAGGAGAAGCCCUUCAAGUGCCACCUGUGCAAUCGCUGCUUCGGGCAGCAGACCAACCUGGACCGGCACCUCAAGAAGCACGAGCACGAGAAUGCCCCAGUGAGCCAGCACCCCGGGAUCCUCACGAACCAUCGGGGGACCAGUGCCUCCUCUCCCACCUCAGAGUCGGACAACCACGCACUUUUAGACGAGAAAGAAGACUCUUAUUUCUCGGAAAUCAGAAACUUCAUUGCCAACAGUGAGAUGAACCAAGCAUCAACGCGAACAGAGAAGCGGCCGGAGAUCCAGGAUGUGGACGGCAGUGCCCAGUGUCCAGGCUUAGCCAGUGAGAGGCAGGAGGACGUGGAGGAGGAGGAGGAGGACGAGCUGGAGGAGGACGAUGAGGACAGCCUGGCUGGGAAGUCGCAGGAUGACACCGUGUCCCCCGCACCUGAGCCCCAGGCCACCUACGAGGAUGAAGAGGACGAGGAGCCACCCGCCUCCCUGGCCGUGGGCUUCGACCACACCCGAAGGUGUACUGACGACCACGAAGGCGGGCUGUUAGCUUUGGAGCCGAUGCCGACUUUUGGGAAGGGGCUGGACCUCCGCAGAGCAGCUGAGGAAGCAUUUGAAGUUAAAGAUGUGCUUAAUUCCACCCUAGAUUCUGAGGCUUUAAAACAUACACUGUGCAGGCAGGCUGAGAACCAGGCGUAUGCAAUGAUGCUGUCUCUUUCCGAAGACACUCCUCUCCACACCCCCUCCCAGGGCUCCCUGGACGCUUGGUUGAACAUCACGGGAGCCACGUCGGAGUCUGGAGCAUUUCACCCCAUCAACCACCUCUGACGAGCUGGGCGGCUGAGGGCCAGCAGCCAGAACGAGGGCACCAGCCGCAGAGGACGGAGGUGGGCCGGGCCCCGGAGAACCCUGUCCCUGCGUGUGACCACUCCAGCGUCCUCCCCACCCGCCAUGCUUCAUUCUGACUUUUCCAAUGAAAACUCAGACCCCGAAAGUCCCUAAAGCAGUCGUAGAGUCUCACCAUCUCCCAGAAUCGGUCUUGAGAACACUUGAGUGGCGGCCCUGCAGGGGGCCAUCCAGGGACAGCCCAUGGAGCUGCCUCGCAGAACCAGCCAGCGGGCAGGUGGACGCGCCACUGAGACAGAAGCUGGCGGCCGCGGCCACGGCUGGGUGCCUGCGUGGGGCCUCGGAAGGGAAUGGAUAGACGGGUGUGCUCAAAAGAGAGAGAUCACUCACGUGAUUUUUAUAAUGAAAUGACAAGAAUAACCCUUUUGGUAAUCGUAUUGACUACAGAGUCUAUUUAAGCAUGUGGUUUUAAAAAUAGACAGUAUUUUUUAAAAAUCAAAAAAUGACUUGCAAAUUGUUUUUUAAAAGUAAUUUUGCAUUGCUUUGAAAUUUGAGCUCAUUUGCAAACCCGAGUCUGCCUGGGAACCCGCACUGUGCCUGGGUGUGUUCUUUAUACUAUAGAUAAUGGAGAAAUUUUCUAUCUCUGUCCUUAUUUGUAUAAGCCAAGGUGACACUGGGUGCCCCAAGGCAGAACAAGGGGCGUGGGGCCAUGCCCGUAGACCAUGCAGACAGCUGAGGAAGUCUCAGGGUGCCCUGGGCUGCAGGCCUGCCCGAGGCUGGGAUGGAAAGCGUGCCUGCCACCAUGUGACAUGGAAUUGGUGCCAGAGCCACCACGUGAGCUUCAGAGGAAUCCACUGGCCCCACCCAAGACCCCUCAAUUCUAUGGGGAAGUCAAGGGCCCCUGGCUUGGGUCCACCAUGCGGAGGUGUGGCCAGGCACCCACCUUCCUUCGCUCCUCUGUCCCUGCCUCACUCGGCCACUGUGCACUGGACCCCACCGCCGUCUUCUGAAGGCAGGGCGUUGGCCACGUUCCAGGCCUCCCACCUCCCACCCGACCCCAGCCGCUCCAGUGUCCUCCCCGUGGCUGCCCUGAGCGCAGUCCCAGCAGAUCACUCCGGGCCGCCAAGCCGCACCUGUGCCUGAGACUCCGGAUGGACGACGCAGUCGCCGCCUCGCUCUCCGUGCGGGUUCUUGGUGAGACUCGGCUCAAGAACAGAAGGGCGUUGGGGGACCCUGCCGCCAGGAGCAGAGACAGCACAGCCCCGGGGCCCGGCCGCCUCCCUCUCGGACCAACUUCUCCACUCAGAUGGGCUUUAAAUUAUUCCCAUAGGGGCCAAUUUCAAAUGAUAAUUUUUUUCCCUGAUGGAAUUUACCUUAAUCUGUAUAUAACUUGUAAUUUUUUUCUAAUUCAUUUCUUUUCUUAUUUUAUUUCCUCCUUAACAGUAUUUUUGGCAUUAGACAUUCUUAUUGUGAAGAAAUAAUGUUAAUAUAAGUAUCUGGUGAAGGACCAAAACCGUGUACUAAGGUUGUGUGUUGUGUGGGAGUGGGGCGAUUUUUAAUGUGCCAAAUACCCCCGUCCCCCCCACGAAUCCUGCUGUCACUGCUGCCGUUUACCAGACAAUCAUAUGUUUUUGUUAAAUCUGCGUUUCAGUUGCAUUUGCAUUUAAGACAAGUGUUCUAUUUAUUUCUUUUAUUGUUUGGAAGAGAAAAUAAUGAUAGUGUCCCAACAAGAAGAGAAAAAGCAAUCGCCCGAGUUGCCCUUAAAAAAAGCAGAGAGCGUAAAUACAGACAGGAGUGGUGCAGGCCGCCUUGGUGUGGCUUUGUGUCACGUGCGGACAUCUCAGGCUGUCCCCAGGGGUGACAGGAGGUGUCCUGGCUGCUCCAGGCCAAAAGACAAUCGUCUCUGUGGGUGUCGGGUGGUCCAGGCUGGCACUGAAGACGUCAUGGGAAGGUUCCUGAGGGCAGCUCGACCCAAUGGAUCACAGUGAAGGGGAUUCCUCCCACGCCAGAUCUGCACAACGUGGCAAGACCAGACCCCCACCUGUGCGUGCGCUGCGGCCACAUGCGGGCUGGGGCGACCCCCCAGGGCAGCGGGGGAGCUGCCUGCAGAAGAACCAGCCAGCCUGUCGGAAGGAUUCAGGCUCUGCAAACACAGCCGCUCAGCCUCCUGACGCGUUUCCGCAGCAACCCGUGGGUCAGACCCACCAGGUACCGCAUGGGAGUCUCCACUUUCCUUUGAUCUAGGUGGGGUUCUUGUAAAAAUUCAACCUCAGACAUAAACACCCCAUUUCUGUAAACCCAAAUUAUAUGAUUUCUUCUGCAAAAGAGUAAGGUGUGUGCUUUUUUUGCGAUGUGGCCCCGUCUCUCUGACGUGGGACGUUGGGACGGAAGGAGUCCUCAGCGCGUCUUUCCGGCAGAAGCAGAACAGGGAGGGGCAGCCCUUCCAUUGCUCUCCGGAUCCCCGUCGCGUCCCGCCGUUUCCAGCUGUCUUCCUAAGCAUCCUGUCUUCUCUCUGCGUUCUUUCCUUCCACCCUUCCCAAGAGUCCUGGCUGCACAUCUUCAGUCAUGUAUUCUUGUCCCCCUGAAAAUGAUAGCAAGUCGUUUCUCCUGAGCAUCAGCCCCCCAGGCCCCAGCCCUUGGCGUUUCCAGGAGGCCCUGUUCUUAGAGCGCCUGACAAAGAGAGCACUUACUUCCUGGGCUGGUGCACCCCGACACGUGGCCCUGACACUCAGCGUGGCCCGACGCCCAGUGAGCCCCGCACUCCCGGCUUUGCUCUGCCCAGCAAAUUUGGCGCCCAGAGGUGGCAAGGGCCAGGGAGCCUGGCCCGGGUGUGAGAAUUCGGAGAUGCUCGUCUCCAGCUGUCACUACCGUAAUGGGACCCUGGUGCUGUGUGGUAUGGACAGGGAUGUGAUGGGGCAGCCGGCUAUGUCCAUGGCCAGGGUCAGGGCUGCAAACCAGGGGUCCCACCUGGCCACGUCUGCCCAGGGCCCUUCCAUUCCACCCGAAUGCUGUCCCAAUGCUUACUCCUUGGAUUGUGGCCCCUCCAUCCCCCAAGUGGAAAUUCCAAAGGAGGCCACGUUGCACCUGGCCUGUGCUGCUCCUCAGACCCCAGCCCCCAGCGAGCCAAUGUCCCCACCUCGUUCCUGCUCUCAUUCCCAGGUUGGGCACUCGGGGCUGCUCCUCUGUGGGCCCAGCAGACCCUUCACAAGUGGGACCCAAGAUGUCACUGACUCCAACCCAGAGGGGUGAGCCCCUGCACCCUGCCUGGGGCCCUGAGGUGUGGAGCAGUGACUGGGGUGGGCAUGGUGUGUCCUGUGUGACUGCCCAGCCGCAGAGGCCUUCCUUUAUGAGGCCGCUGCCCAUCCACACCCCGACUGGCCAAGGCCUCCACAUCCUCUGAGUCUGACCCUGGAAAUCCAAGGGCCCUGGAGUCUUCUGCCUUCCCCACUUCCCCGUGAGCAUCUGCAAAGCACUUGCCUGAAUACAUAUCACGUGUUUUAGACUCGAGGCCUCGAACACUGGAUUGUGGUCCCCUGCCCCUCUGUCCCCUGUCCCCCUGCCCAAGUGACUGAAACCUACUGAGCUAUAUUCACUGUCCUGGGGGAGGGAGAGGAGAGCUCCCCUGCACUGCGGCCUGGUGGGGGGGGCAACGGGCCCCUCCCAGCCAGGGACACCAGGACACAGCUGCUCCUGGCCAGUGGAGGUCAGCCGGGUAUCAAAAGCCAUGAAACUGUGUCUCUGUAGCAAUGAGUGAUACUGUGACGAAAAUGUUCUUGCAUUCUCCCGAGAAGGGUUCCUCCGCCCCUUCCAUUCCAUUUUUGUGUUUGUUUUGUUCUUUUCUGUCACUGAUUCAUAUUACCACUUUUGGAAAAAAUAAAAUAGAAUAAAUAAAAGGCAGCUUGAGUUUCCAAACGUGCGACUCACUUGUGAACAAAAGUCACUCGAACGAUCGCCUUCAGGGCCGUGCGCAUCGCCUCUGCUCUUUCAGCCCGAGGGGCGCUGAGCCCUGGUGUCCGAACCCGUAACUUACAGCGUGUGUGUGCGCACUGACUUUGUCCCUUAAGGUAUAUGGAGAGGAUCCUGGUGGAAUCGCAGACCUGUGCCGCCCGCCACCUUUUGCCAUCGUUAUGUUACAGAUUUGGUUUUGUUUUUGUUUUUUUCCUUUUAGAACUGUAUAGCGUUGAAAAAGAAAUCAAAUACAAAUGUCUGGUUUCCAUAUAACGUUUAAAAAAGACCAUUGAGAAGGAGGCUGGCGCUCACCCCGUGUCCCCCUUGAUUGUAAAUGGCUUCUGUUCUGUUUAGAAGUAAACCGUGCAUGACUCCUGCUUAAGCAGUCAUUAUCGUGUCUGUUGGUGAAAUUUUUAUUAAAAGGAAAAUUCCGUAGAUGCACUUAUUGAAUAUGUGAUUAGGACCGACGUCCGAGACUAGGAGUCCUGAACUGCCCACGCAGAAAAGGCGCAGUUCGAAAUUAAUGUGGAAAUCGCUGUGGGAGAAGGAUGAAGGAGACGUGAAGUGUCGGGAAUCAUUAAAAUAACAAUUUUGCAAAUUGCAUUCUGAUGCUUGUGAUAAAGACAAAUGUACUUGUGUAGAGAAAUUUCCUGAAGAUAAAGCCUAGGAGAAGCUGAUUUUGAGGUUAAUGCUGUAGAAUAGGACUGUAUCUUUCCAAUGCUACAAUGAAUUUAUACAUGAGAUUGAUAUGCAAUAAAUCUGUGUGCUUU